GUCUCAAAUGUUUACACGGUGAGGGCGGGGCUUACGCAUCCCGAUUUCUCCUCGCGUCGAUGACGUCAUCACUCGCGCGCUCCUUUCACACAAAUGGUCUUCUGAGGUAAACAGUUCAAGCUGUUUCGCAAACCUGUAAAACAAACUUUACACCCUUCAUUUCAGCAAGUUUUCCGGGAUUAUUUCUGAAUGUUUUUCAACCGGUUCGGCGCUGCUUGUGUUUUUGCUAACUAAAGCAAUUUUAAGGAAGAAGGUGUUCACACACAAAACGAUUUAAGCAAACGACAAAUCAGCCAUUGUGACAUCUACAGGCCUGAUGGAGGAUAAACAUGUCAAAACUGGAGAAAAAACUCGCUCACGGACUGAAAGUGCUUCUUUACUGAAAAGAAGAGAAAUGGUUCACUUGCCGUCAAUGAGGAAAGAGAACAUCCACACUGGAGAGAAGCUGCAUGAAUGUGAUCAAUGUGGCAAAACAUUUUUGUUGGCUUCAGUCUUGAAGAAUCACCUGAAAGUUCAUUCACAGGAGAAACCACAUUCAUGUUCGUUGUGUGGAAAGAGUUUUUCAAAUCCACAAAAAUUAAAAGUUCAUCAGAAAAUACAUACUGGUGUACAAAAUCAUAUGUGCUUUGAGUGUGGGAAGACUUUUAUUAGAUCUGAUGUUUUAAAACUGCAUCAGAAGAUUCACACUGGAGAAAAACCUUACAAGUGUUCACACUGCGAAAAGAGAUUCAGUCAGUCAGGACAUCUGAAAGUUCACGAGAGGAUCCACACUGGAGAGAAACCUUACACUUGUGAUCAGUGUGGAAAGAGUUUCACAUACAAAAAGAGUCUCAAGAUUCACAUGAUGAUCCACACUGGAGAGAAACCAUUCACAUGUGAUCAGUGUGGAAUGAGUUUCACACAUAAAGAAUCCCUUAAGCUACACAUGAUCAUCCACACUGGAGAGAAACUGCAUAAAUGUGAUCAAUGUGGUGAAUCAUUUUUGAGGGCAUCAGGGCUGAAGAGCCACCUGAAAAUUCAUUCACAGGAGAAACCACAUUCAUGUUCGUUGUGUGGAAAGAGUUUUUCACAUCUUCAAAGUUUAAAAGAACAUCAGAAAAGACAUACUGGUGUACGAAAUCACAUGUGCUUUGAGUGUGAGAAGACUUUCAUUACAGCUGUAGGUUUGAAUCGGCACCAGAUAAUUCACACUGGAGAGAAACCUUACAAGUGUUCACACUGCGACAAGAUAUUCAGACAGUCCGUAAAUCUGAAAGUUCACGAGAGGAUCCACACUGGAGAGAAACCUUACAAGUGUUCAUACUGCGACAAGAGAUUCAGACAGUCAGAACAUCUGAAAACACACGAGAGGAUCCACACUGGAGAGAAACCUUACUCAUGUGAUCAAUGCGGGAAGAGUUUUACAGGAAAACCUACACUAAAGCGACAUAUGAAAACCCACACUGGAAAGAAGAUGCGCAAAUUUGUGAUGGUGGAGAUUGAGGAGAGUGAAGAGGAGGAGAAACAUCAUGUCAAAACUGGAGAAAAAUCUCAAUCACAGACUGAAAGUGACCCUUUACUGAAAAGAAGAGACAAGAAAUGUUUCACCUGCCGUCAGUGUGGAAAGAGUUUCACAUACAAAAAGAAUCUCGAGACUCACAUGAGGAUCCACACUAGAGAGAAACCGUUCACAUGUGAUCAAUGUGGCAAAACAUUUUUGUUUACGUCAGCCCUGAAGAACCACCUGACAGUUCAUUCAAAGGAGAAACCACAUUCAUGUUCUUUGUGUGGAAAACGUUUAAAAUACAAACAUAGUCUUGAGCUUCACAUGAUGAUCCAUAAUGGAGAGAAACCGUUCACAUGUGAUCAGUGUGGGAAGAGUUUCACACACAAACUGAGUUUGAAGGUUCACAUGAGUAUCCACACUGAGGAGAAACCAUUCACAUGUGAUCAGUGUGGGAAGAGUUUUAGACAAUCAUCAUACCUUAAGAUACACAUGAUGAUCCACACUGGAGAGAAACCGCACACAUGUGAUCAAUGUGGCAAAACAUUUUCGAGGACUUCAGGCCUGAAGGAUCACAUGAAAGUUCAUUCCCAGGAGAAACCACAUUCAUGUUCUUUGUGUGGAAAGAGUUUUUCAUAUAUGCACAAUUUAAAACUUCAUGAGAAAAGACAUACUGGUGUAAAAGAUCAUAAGUGCUUUGAGUGUGGGAAGGCAUUUUUUACAACUGAUCGUUUGAAACUUCACUGGAGGUCUCACACUGGAGAGAAACCUUACAAGUGUUCAUACUGCGACAAGAGAUUCAGACGGACGGGACAUCUGAAAACACACGAGAGGAUCCACACUGGAGAGAAACCUUACACUUGUGAUCAGUGUGGGAAGAAUUUCACUCAAAUAUCUUCUCUACUCAGUCAUAAAAAAUACAAUCACAGUAAGUAGAUCAUCUUCAGAUCCAGCGCUGUCAAGCGUGAAGCCACAUCCUUGCCGAACGUGACACAGUAAUACCAUCGAGCAAUAAAAUCUCUUUAAUUUACUGUAAAUUUGUCCUAUCCAGCCACAACGAGUAUCAGGACAAAGAACCAUCAUCUAAAUUUGUCACAGUGGAUAAAGUUCAUCUUCCAGCAGUUUCACCUGUGAGAUUCAGAUCUACUCAAAGAUGGACAUUAUCUAGACAUUAAUUAUUAUAAUUUUGCUUCAUGGUAUAAAUGAUAUGAUUAUGCUUUGAGUUAAAUUUUAUGUUAAAUUUUUUAUUAUGCAUAUGUAUCAUGUUUAUACUUUAAUGAAGAAAAUUCUUAAAUUCUU